AUGAGUAUCCGCCGCAUCUUCCUUGAACUUGCAUGUCACCUUUGCAAACAAGACUCAUUCACGCAGAAACGAAAUUUGCGAUCUCAUUACCAAAACCUUCAUGAUCUCACGCUUCCAGUCGCACCAAGGCAUGCAAAGAUCGCCCCUCCUUCUGACUGCGCAUAUGUCAAAAGCAAAGGAGAAUCCACCACCAUCGAGUACAAAUGUCCCAGUUGCACCACUAUCGUCCAAUCAUUGGAGCUCUUGGGUGAACACAUUGACAGCCAUCUGAUCGAAGAUGCUUCUCGUUCUUCAAGGCAACCCUUUGCUUUCAUUCGACCUGAUACAACUUUCACAAUCGACCCAACUGAUAUCAUUGAUUCAUCUUUAUCGCAACCAAUUUCCCAUGGCAGUACUACCAAAACACCAGCAUCAACGCAUCCAUCCUCAGAUGCACUUGCACCACGAACGUAUGACGAAGCGAUCCUCCAUUCAUGCCAACAGCAGCACGCUAGUGAUGAUGAGAAGAUAAAAACACUAUGCUUGGUGGAUUCUCUUGCAUUGCAACCUAUGGCUAUCAUUGACCAACAAGGAGUCGAGCAAAAUGUCCUCACCCAUCCAUCUAUCGGCACCAAACUUGUGGAUCAACAUGAAUGUGUCAAACCCAUCAUACCAAGCAAAAGGCGUUAUGCGGAUAUGAUGGACAAGGGUUCAUUAUGCGUCAGCUGCCAGCCUGAGGUGACUGAUGGCUUGGAGAAUUUGUUACACAUGUCGCCAUAUUCCUCAUUGCUCUCACAACGACAAUAUGUGGAGAUCUCGGAACGUGUCUGCAACCUCUUGAACUCCGAUUGGGAGUUCUUUCCACAGAUGCGCUUUUUUACAGCAAUGGCUUUCGCUGGGGCCAUUUUCUUUGAUGCAACCAGGAACCAAGCCCUCAUGCUCAAUACUGUUGAAGUGUAUGGACGCACCAAACCCGUCGACAUCUUCUGUGAACCAUUUGGGAAGUUAAAGGGAUCAGUACAAAGGACAUCGAUACCACCGACAGCAAUCAACACGAGAUACCAUGGCUUGUGGCCCACCACAUUAAACACAUUGGAAGGAGCAAAGCUUGUGAUUGGAACUUUAUCAUCAAACGUGCUGGUGACAUCGUCAAUGCGGUUGGAUAUUGUGGAUAAACCUUCGCUUGGUGGUAUAACAAACAACUUCACCCUAUCAUGCAACAAGGAGUCGCAGCAGUGCAGGAUCUUUGUGGACCACAACAUGAUUGAACAAGCCAUGACUUUUAUUGACAAGCCUGAUGUCCAUCGUCUAUCUGACACAAUGAUACUCAGCCAAAUUAGGGCUAUACGCAGCAAAUUUCAUACCAUCGAUGCCUAUAUCCUUUGCCGUGCUACUGGUCCUCUUACUUUGUCACAUUUACACCAACCAUGCUCUCUCUUUACGUUGUCCGAAUCAAAACGCAUCCCUGCUGCUGAAAUAUUUCGUCUCAUUGCUACGUCCGUCAUCAAACAUGGUGAAAAUGCUCGCUUAUCCAAGAAGCAAGUUCAAGACAUCCAUGCAAUGUGUGUGUCAUCAUCAUCCAAAGCUCUCCUGGAUCGUAUUCUUGAACUUUUCGAUGAUGACAACAGUGAUCUACCGAUUCUUGGCAACGCAACUCUCAAUAUGAAACUCGAAGACUUGGCGACAAAUCUAAAAUCACAUUUGGUAAAUGCCAACGUAGUUGCAGCAACGUACAUCGUAGACACAUUUACCACCUUUGUAUGA